AUGACCUGCUCCCUCUGCUUGAGCAUCCACCUCCUUCUGCUGCUGUCCUUCAGCUGCACCACACAUGCCGAACCUCGGCGGACCUCUCAGCGCAGGGUGGCUCGCGCACCGGCCUCCAAGGUGCGAUUGGCGGGAAACUUUGCACGGGAAGCAAACGAAGGGCGCAUAGAGGUGCUGCACAACAACACCUGGGGGACCGUUUGUGACGAUGAAGUGGACAUAAAACUGGCUAACGUGGUGUGCCGAGAACUGGGUUUCCGAGGAGCUGUAACAUGGGCUCAUAGCGCCAAGUAUGGAGAAGGAACGGGUCCAAUAUGGAUGGAUAACGUACGAUGUGAUGGUUCAGAGAAGUCCCUGAAAGACUGCAAGCAUAACGGUUGGGGGGUGAAUGAUUGUAAACACUCUGAAGACUUGGGGAUUGUUUGCACACCUGAGCACAGGGUGGAUCAGCCUGGUGCGACCAACAGAGGUCACACAGCUGCUGCCAGGCCAUCUGUCAGCCAUGCACCUCAAUGGGGGGGUAUCGUUGCAACCCAGCGACAUCCUGGAUACGGGUAUUACGGAAAUGGACAUCCACAUGAGAUUCCCAGGUUCCAUAGACCCCACCACUACCAGGGUCACAGUAAGGUGCAGAUAGAAGAAGUCCGUCUUCGUCCCAUCCUCAUGGCUACAAAGAAAAAGAGCCUCAUUACUGAGGGUGUCGUGGAAGUGAAGCAUGCUGGGAGGUGGAGGCAGGUGUGCGACCUGGGUUGGAGUCUCAACAGCAGCCGUGUGGUGUGUGGGAUGCUUGGAUUUCCAGAGGCUACGCAACACAAUGUCAAAACAUACAAGAAAAUAUGGGACAGCAAGGUCAAAGAUCCAUCAACAAGAAUUAGUCUCAUGGCAAAGAAGAAGGGAUUCUGGGUAGAGAAAGUUCACUGUCUGGGCACUGAGAACAGCCUGUCAGAGUGCCACUCUCAGCUGUCCAUCCCCCGUAGUCCCACUCCUUGUAAAAAUGGAAGACAUGCAGUGGUCAAGUGUGUACCAGGACCUCAAUUUGCUCGCAUCUCCUCAGGAAGACCCCAGGCUCCUCAUCCAGUUGUGCCUGUGCGCCUUAAGGCAGGUCCCAGGCUGGGUGAGGGUCGCGUUGAAGUGCUCCGAAAUGGAAAAUGGGGAACUGUCGUCGAUCACAUGUGGGACAGGACUGCAGCCAGUGUGGUGUGCAGAGAACUGGGUUUUGGUACUGCCAAAGAUGCCCUGCAAGGAGCCUUUAUGGGCCAAGGUACAGGACCCAUUCAUAUGAACAAUGUACAGUGUAUGGGCUCGGAACGCUCCAUCAUGGACUGCUUCUUCCAGGAAGUCCAGCUGUGGACAUUCAAACACAGCCAAGAUGCCUCAGUACGCUGCAACAUUCCUAAGACUGGCUCAGAAAAAACGGUACGGCUUGCAGGUGGUAGAGUCCCAUCUGAAGGCCGUGUGGAGGUGCUAAUGGAUGUUGGGGGUCGUAAGCGUUGGGGAUCUGUCUGUAGUGAAAACUGGGGCAUAAAUGAAGCCAUGGUGGUGUGCAGACAGCUGGGCUUAGGCUUUGCUGCAAGUGCUCUCCAGGAGACGUGGUACUGGUCUGGUAAUCCAAACGCAAGUGAUGUGAUUCUCAGUGGAACUCACUGUGUGGGAACGGAGCUUUCAAUACAACAGUGUCGACGAAACAACCACGUUCACUGCCCUCGUGGCGGUGGAGCAAAGGCCGCUGGGGUCAGCUGUUCAGACACUGCCCCAGAUCUUGUAUUGGAUGCCCAGCUGGUCCAGGAGACAACCUACCUGGAAGACCGACCCCUCCACUUGCUGAAAUGUGCACAUGAAGAGAACUGUCUGUCAUCGUCUGCUGCCAGGAUGAACUGGCCUUAUGGUCACCGACGCCUGCUGCGCUUUUCCUCUCGCAUCAUGAACCUGGGUCGAUCUGAUUUCAGACCCAAAGCUUCAAAAGAGAGCUGGACAUGGCACGAGUGCCACAGGCACUACCACAGCAUCGAGGUGUUCACACAUUAUGACCUGCUGACUCUGAACGGAACAAAGGUUGCAGAGGGACACAAGGCCAGUUUCUGUCUCGAGGAUACGUACUGCCCCGAUGGACUACAGAAGCGGUUCUCCUGCUACAAUAUGGGCGAUCAAGGCAUUUCUGUGGGCUGCUGGGACACUUAUCGCCAUGAUAUUGACUGUCAGUGGGUGGAUGUGACAGAUGUGCGGCCAGGUGACUACAUAUUCCAGGUGGAAGUCAACCCCUCGCUGGACAUGGCUGAGUCCGACUUUAUGAACAAUGUCAUGAGAUGCCGGUGCAAGUAUGAUGGCCACAGAGUUUUCAUGUAUGGUUGUCACACAGGUGAUGCUUACAGUGCAGAGACUGAAGACCUGUUUGAACACCAAAGACAAAUCAGUAACAACUUCGUGUAGUCCGUCCAAGAGUCCAGUUUGAAGGCAGUGGAACACAGAUGCUAUUUAUUGU